AGUUUGGAGGGCGGUGCUUAGCGCGUACAUCAGGGGUUCCGUUCUUUCGAGUAUUACUUAGAAUUCAUUCUAAACGAACGCUGUGUGCUAGGUAUUUUGUCACAUCUCGAUCUUGAGACUUCGUAAAAACUCAGAGACAUCUUGGAGUGAGGACAGAGACGUUCAAGAGUACAGACGUAUGCAAAUAUAUUUUUAGAAGACUAAGUAUAUCGAAUGGCAGACGGAGAAGAAACAAGUAGAAAUUUACCAGUUUCUACUUCGCAGGGACUACUCUCCCCACACAGACCGAUGUUUAUACGUGCCAGCGAGAGGUACCCUCGGACGCCCAAAUGCGCCCGGUGUCGCAACCACGGUGUUGUAUCGGCGCUGAAGGGACACAAACGUUAUUGUCGAUGGAGAGAUUGCGUUUGCGCAAAAUGUACCCUUAUCGCGGAGAGACAGCGAGUGAUGGCAGCCCAGGUGGCCCUGAGAAGGCAACAGGCGCAGGAAGAAAAUGAAGCCCGAGAGAUAGGGUUGCUGUAUGGCACCCAGGGGCUCCUCAGGAUGAACGCCGAGACUCUACCCACAGAUACGCAAUACUUGAAUAAACCUGGCACAGAUACAACGCAAGACAAACGGGAAGAUUCUGGUCCACUUCAUGAAGCCAUUCUUGAAUCUGAAAAACAAACAGACCAUGAUAAUCCCAUCAGCCCUCUUAGAGAUGAUAGAGAUUCGUCCUCACCAGAUGGCAGCAUUAACGCAAUCUCAUCACCCCAACAGACGAGUGACCAAAACGAGGCUGAAAUCACAGGGGACAACUCUGGGGAUCCUCAAAACCGAUCUUUAGACAUGUUAUGUAGGGUAUUUCCCCAUAUGAAAAGAAGCGUCCUUCAAUUGAUCUUGCAAGGUAGUGGAGGGGAUUCAGUGAAAGCUAUAGAACAAGUCUUGAACAAUCACUCUAAUAAACAGAGUAAGGCAACUAGUAGUACAGAAGUGUUAAAUAUUCACAGACCAUAUCUCACAACGUCACCACCGACUGUAUCAGCCACAUCAGUGAAAUCGGCAUUUUCUCCCAUUGCUGCCCAUAUGAUGCCAUCUGGCAGCUUGGGACCAAUACGAUACGGUUAUGGAGCUGCGGCAAGAGGACUUAUUUCUAUGCCAUAUCCUUCAAACUUUUUACCUGGGCUUGCAGCUUCGGGGUACAAUUACAAUGGACUUGCCACAGGAACUAAAUCUGGUCUCCCUUAUGGGGCCAUGUAUCCAUAUGCUUAUCCAUAUACCGCCCCAUCUGCAGAAAAAUGAACAUGAAUAAAUUAAAACAUUAUAAUGACAGUUAGUUCGUAUUAUGGCCUGAAAACAGGUCUCUGGUACCAUUGGCCUUUAUCGGAUGGCCAUGAUAACAAUAAUACAAAUAUGAUAUAAAAAUGGCGAAAAUGAUAAUUCACCAGAAAUAAGUGAUUAUAUUGUAAUUUAUCAACAAUUAAAA